CCAGAAUGAUAUAAUCUCGCUCUGGAGCCCCAAAAGGGCUGAACUUGCAUUUCGAGAAUGUGGCCCAUGAAUUUUAAGACUGUGGAAGCGGUGUCAGGCUAUGGCAUAUAGUUAAAUCUUAAAACCCCAGUGUUGUCCAAGCUCUAGUAAACAUGUAUGUGUGGAUCACUCUCCUCGCGGGCUUGGCUCUUCUCCCCGCGCUGCUGAAAACUUUCUACCCAUACUUUCUCCAGGACUGCGUGUAUAUGUACAGGGCUCUUGGAUUUGGAAUUCUAUUAAAUAUAUACAAAAGGAAAACUCCAUUCUAUAGUAUUGUGGACAGCUUUUUGGAAGCGGUGAAGAAACACCCGCGAAAAGCGUUUAUUCAUUUCGAGGAGAAGACUUACUCCUAUGAGGAGGUGGAUAAGGAGAGUAACAAAGUGGCGAAUGCGCUCCGCUCGGAGGCUGGACUCAAAGAAGGGGACACGGUCGCGCUUUUCCUGGGGAACGAACCCCGUUUCGUGUGGACCUGGCUCGGCCUGGCUAAGCUCGGCUGUCCCGCAGCACUCCUGAACUUCAAUAUCAGAUCCAAAUCACUCCUUCACUGCUUCUCCUGCUGCGGCGCGAACGUGCUUAUAGCAGCUGCUGAGCUUCGUGAUGCUAUUGAGGAGAUACUGCCGGCUCUGAAAGAGAAGGGGAUAACCGUAUACCUCCUGUCGGAUGAGUGCACUACAGACGGCAUUCAGUGUAUUGGCCAAGCCAUCGCCAAAGCGUCAGACAAGCCGUUGUCGCCGUCCCUCAGGUCCAACAUCCGUAUCAGGAGUACAGCACUGUAUAUCUACACUUCUGGCACUACAGGUCUUCCUAAAGCAGCGUAUGUGACCCACGAGAGGGUCUGGGCUUCGUCGUUCAUCCAGGGUGUUUGUGGAGUAACUUCUGAAGACAUAUUCUACAUCAAUCUGCCUCUGUAUCACAGCGCCGGAUUCCUCAUCGGACUCGCUGGAUCCAUUCAAAGAGGUAACACUGUGGUUCUGCGGAGGAAGUUUUCCGCCUCUCAGUUCUGGGAUGACUGCAGGAAGUACAACAUAACUGUGAUGCAGUACAUUGGUGAAACACUGCGCUACCUCUGCAAUACGCCAAAGAAAGACAAUGACCAGGACCACAAAGUGAGGAUCGCCAUUGGAAAUGGCGUACGAGCAGACGUCUGGAAAGAGUUCCUGAACCGUUUUGGACGCAUUCAUGUCCGGGAGCUCUAUGCCGCCACCGAGGGAAAUGUCGGCUUCAUCAAUUACACCGAUAAAGUCGGAGUGGUCGGGCGUGUCAAUAUUCUCAGCAAGGUGUUUUUCCCCUUUGCCAUCAUUAAGUUUGAUAUUGAGAAAGAAGAGCCUGUGAGGAAUGCUGAGGGUCUGUGUAUCCCAGUGGAAAAAGACGAGGUGGGCCUUCUAGUGGGGAAAAUCACCAGGCAUACCCCUUUUGUCGGUUACGCCGGGAACAAGCAGCAGACAGAGAAGAAGAGACUCAGUGAUGUGUUUGUGAAAGGAGACCUGUAUUUCAACAGUGGAGAUCUGCUGAGGAUCGACCAUGACAAAUUUGUCUACUUUCACGAUCGAGUUGGAGACACGUUCAGGUGGAAAGGAGAGAAUGUGGCUACAACUGAGGUGGCAGAUAUUCUCACCAUGGUGGAUUGCAUUGAAGAGGCCAAUGUGUAUGGAGUCAAAGUUGAAGGCCAUGAAGGAAGGAUCGGAAUGGCAGCUGUGAAACUGAAGGAGGGCAGAGAGUUUGACUGCGUCACCACUUGCAGUGUUUUGGCGAACUAUCUUCCAGUGUACGCCAGACCUCGAUUCAUUCGAAUUCAGAAUUCCCUGGAAGUCACGGGAACGUUCAAGAUGAAGAAGGUCAAGCUGGUGGAGGAAGGCUUUGACCCGACCUUAAUACCUGAUCCUCUCUACUUCCUGGACCUGACGCAAAAGAAAUACAUUCCACUCACUCAGGAAAUUCACAAGUCGAUCAUGUCACAGGACAUUAAACUGUAACAAAUCCAUAGAAUAAGCUAACGGUGAAACUUUGAAAUCUACUAACAAGUAGCUACCCACUAAUCUCAGGGAAGUGAUUACGGUGAAUGAUUUUAACCUCUGCAAACCUGUUUUACACUAGUAUUUUAUGCAUAAACAUGUGCCUUAUUGCUUAACCUUUUAAUGAUGUUCAUUUAUAAUCACCUCAACUUGAAAGAAAACUGAAAUAGACUCUAAUAAGAUUGUGGUACACUAAAUAUACUUGAUAUAGUAGUAUAUACUACAACUUUAACUUCAAGGCAGUGAUUCUCAACUGGGUCAUGGUCACUUGAGAAAAAUGUGAAAUAAAUAAAUAUAUAAAUAAAUAAAACCGCAACUAAUGUAGCACCACUUUUUUUUUUUUUUUAAAUACAGAAGGCUUCCCUUACAGUGUAUUUUCAAACGCUGUGGUAUUUUUGUGCAACUUCGUCAUUCAAAUUAAAUUAAAAAAUGUAAUUUCAAUUUUUGUUAAAAAUUCCAUUUUUAAAUUUAAUAUAAAUGUAUUUAAGUUGAAUGACAUUUUUAUUUACUUCAGCACAAAAAGUUCCUACGGAAGCCUGUUUCCGCCAUUGCAACUUACUUUUUUUGUCAGAAUUGUGAGAUACAAACUCGUAAUUGCGACUUACAAAGUCAGAACUGUGCAAUGUAAACUCACAAGAGACUUUUUUUUUCUCUGAAUUGCAAGUUUUUAUCUCGUAAUACUGAGAAAAAAAGUCACAAAAGUGAGUUUUUUUUCUCAGAAUUGUGAUACAGACUCACAAUUGCUAAUUUUUUCUCAGAAUUGAGAUCAUAAGUCGCAAUUAAAGUCAAUUGUGAGAUAAAAACUCACGAUUUUGACUUUCUCAGAAAAGAAAUAUAAACUCAAAAUUCAACUUUUUUCUCAGAAUUGCGAAAUACAAACUAACAAUUGUGCCGUUUUUAGAAUUGCGAAAUAUAAACUCACGAUUACGACUUUAUCAGAAUUUGAAAUAUAAACUCACAAUUGCAACUUUUUCUCAGAACUGUGAAAUACAAACUCACGAUUACAACUUUUUUCUUAUAAUUGCAAAAUGCAAACUUACAAUUGCGACUUUUUUAAAUUACGAAAUAUAAACAAUUACAACUUUUUUCUCAGAAUUGCAAAAUAUAAACUCACAAUUGUGACCUUUUUGCAGCUUUUUUACACAAUUGUGAAAUACAAACACAAUUACAACUUUUCUCAGAAUUGCUAAAUACAACUGCAACUUUAUUGUAAUUGCUAAAUAUAAACACGAUUACGACUUUUUCUCAGAAUUUUGAAAUAUAGACUUACAAUUGUGCCUUUUUUUCAGAAUUGCAAAAUAAAAACUCAUAAUUGCGACUUUUUUGCAACUUUUUCCUCAGAGUUGCGAAAUACAAACUGACUUUUCUCACAAUUGCUACUCAUAAUUGCGACUUUUAAAUUGCGAAAUAUAAACUUGACUUUUUUUCUCAGAAUUUUGAAAUAUAAACUCAAAAUUGUGACUUUCUCAGAAUUGUGAGAUAAACUCACGAUUACGACUUUUUUCUUAGAAUUGCGAAAUAUAAAUAUAUAUUGUGCCUUUUUUCAUGAUUGCACAAUAUAAACUCACGAUUACGACUUUUUUCUUAGAAUUGCGAAAUAUAAAUAUAUAUUGUGCCUUUUUUCAUGAUUGCACAAUAUAAACUCACGAUUACAACUUUUUUUCUUAGAAUUGCGAAAUACAAACUAACAAUUGUGCCUUUUUUCAUAAUUGCACAAUAUAAACUCACGAUUACGACUUUUUGCAACUUUUUUUCUUAGAAUUGCGAAAUAUAAACUUACAAUUGCGACUUUUUUUAAUUACGAAAUAUAAGCACGAUUACAACUUUUUUCUCAGAAUGGCGAAAUAUAAACUCAAUUACGACUUUUUGCAACUUUUUUUCUUAGAAUUGCGAAAUACAAACUAACAAUUGCGACUUUUUUUAAUUACGAAAUAUAAACUCACAAUUGCAACUUUUUUUCUCAGAAUUGCGAGAUAAAAACUCAAUUGCGACUUUUUUUUUCUCAGAAUUGCAAAAUGUAGCUACAGUUCUGACUUUUUCUUGGAAUUGGGUGAUAUAAACUCGCAAUUGCAAGUUAAAGUCAGAACUGCGAAAUACAAACACAAUCACGACGUUUUUUCUCCGAACUGCGUGAUAUAAACACAAUUUGCUACUUUUUUUCCCUCAGAAUUAAAAAUGCGCUAUUCUUUCUCUUUUCUCAGAACUGAAUUAUAAAUUUGCAAUUGCAACUUAUAAAGUCACAAUUGAGAAAUAUAAACUCACAUUUACAACUCUUUUUCCUCAGAAUUGCGUGAUAUAGGCUCACAACUCCAAGUUAAAAGUCAGAAUUGCAAGAUUAAAAACUUAAAAAGAAUUUGGACUUUUUUUCUUGGAAUUGCGUGAUAUAAACUUACAAUUCUGACUUUUUUCCCCAUCACAAAUGCGAGUUUAUAUCUUGCAAUUCUGACUUAUGAGAACUUGCUAAUGCGAGUUAUAAAGUUCAGUUUUGAGGGCAAAAAAAAAAAAAAAAUACUGCGUUCUCAGAAUUGCGAGUUUAUAUCUCAAUUUUGACUUAACUCGCAAUUGUGCUAUAAAGUCAGAAUUGCAAGAUAUAUACUUUAAGUCAGAAUUGAGUUUACUUUAUAACAUGCAAUUGUGAGUUUAUAUCACGUAGUUCUGACUUCAUCUUUUUAUCUCACAAUUCUCAGAAAUGCAUGAUAAACUCCCAAUUCUGAGAAAAAAGUCAGAAUUGAGAGAUAAAAAGCUGUAUAAAAAGUACUUUUUUUUUAAUCCAGUAGUGAAAAUGGGCUUCCAUAGGUUCUGAGUCACCGCUUGCCACAAACCAGUUGCGAGACACUGCUUUAUGGGUUGAAAAUCUAUCCUACUGACACAAUGGCUUUUAAGAAAGCCAGCUGCUGGAUUUCUCAAUGGUCUUGUGUAGGCCAGGUCAAGAGUUUGACUCUAAUCUGUUAAAAGUAGGUGAAAGGGCAAGUGUACAAAACUCAUGACCUCCCUUCCCAUCAACCUCUGAGCUGAAAAAUAAACAUUUCUAGAAACCACAAACCCAGAUGAACCCGUUUCUUCAUGUACCCAAAACAGGGUCACUGACCUCAUUUCCAUGUCACAAUCGCCAAGAUCAUCCAACACCACAUCAGCCGACGGGUUUUUACUUUAAAAAUGAAUUUAUUUAUUAAUACAGUUGUAUACUUAGAAAUGUGCUGCAAAGAAAAAAAGAGAGAAUGUCGCCACACAAAAUAAAGAAACUAAACCCGGGAUGAAGCUGCGUCGUCAUAUCAAAACAAAUUCGUACUGAUGUGCCUUAAUAAACUGUCUAUUAGUACAAAAAUACAUUUCAGGGCACACAAUACAGCAUCCAGUAUCACAAAUCAGUAUCACGCGGACCCUAAGUACGGAGUCCUUAAAUUAUUUAAACCGAGCACUUUUCUAGUUGUAAAUAAUAAAAAUGUUCCGUAACUGUUAAAAA